CGAGUUCGGUAUUUUGGAGGUCUACUGUAUAGUGAACAGUGAUGACUGCCUCCCUCGAUCUUUGAUUCUGGACUUCGAGGCUAUAUGUUGGGCGUUCAUGAACAAGUUCAACGACGAGUCGCUGUGGCCCGGGUGGCACCCAAUGCGCUGGACAAACGUGGAUUGACGUAAUCAAUCAACUGAAAGCCCUGUUCACCUUUGGGGAAAACAAGCUCGCAUCCCCAUCGAUUUAUCCAUCCUCGCCCAACACCAUCAUGUCUCAAGCAAAGUUCGACAAGGCCGUCAGCAUCGUCCAGAGCCUUCCUAAGGACGGUCCUAUCAAGCCAUCGCAGAACGAGCAGCUUUACUUCUACUCAUACUAUAAGCAGGCUACCAUUGGUGAUGUGAAUACCGCCCGUCCAGGUCUGAUGGACUUCACCGGAAAGGCAAAGUGGGACGCGUGGAAAGGUGUCGAGGGGACGUCCAAGGAGGACGCCCAGGCCAAAUACGUCGAGAAACUCCUCGAGAUCUUGAAGAAGGCUGACACCGAUGAGGCCAAGGCCUUCGUCGCUGAGAUCGAGGCUGCUUGAUUUCCGGUGAAUUUAUACGCGGACUUAUGGCCCCGGUUAUGCGUCCAGUGUAAGCGCUUCGAACGAAGAUGUAUCGGUAGGAAGUUCGUGAAUGCACAGCUGUACGUUUGUAUGUUCGUUGGAUGAAAAUCAACUCUUGCUUUCAUU